AAAAGCACACGCCAUCGAGAUCGUCUGAUAGAGGGUGUGAACGCAAAAAUGCAUCAAUCAGAAAUCUGUCAACUCCAUUGAACGCAACGCAAAACAAGCCCCAAUAAAACAGACGUUUCCGUCACGCGAUAACAAAAAGGCCAAAAGGCCAGCCAGACCCAUCAUUCUCUCUCUAUAUUAGUCUCUGUUUCUCUCUCUAUACACGCAGUCACUGGAAUAUCCCAUUCAAGUCUAAUGGAGUCUUCGCUCAUGUCUUCUCUGAAUCGCUUCAGAGCUUCCGCGAAUUCAUUCCUGUCUCAGUAUGAACCGCUCAAUCUGCUUCUCGCCCCUCUUCUCUCUCUCAUCUUCGCUUCGGUUCUUCAAUCCUUCGUCCGUGUCGUUCACGACAAGGGACUCAAAGCAACGCUUCUAGGCUUAUUCAUGAGUUUCGUCAAGUUGGUACCUGCUGUGAAAAAUUACAUUGAUUCCGAGAAACAAAAGGUAGUAGAUAAGUUGCAAUCUGGUGGUAAGUCCAAAAGGGAUGGUUGGAGGGCAGAGUUGCCGAGGGCAGGCCUAGGAGUAGGAGUCAUAGAGAAAAUGAAAGACGACAAAGGAAAGGAUGUGGUUUGGCAAGGAAAAUGUUCUGGUACAGUCUACAUUGGAGGAAGUGAGUCUGAAGGGCAUUUUUCUUUGAUAAAUGAGGCCUGUUCAAUGUUUGCACAUACCAAUCCACUGCAUCUGGAUGUAUUCCAGAGUGUUGUGCGAUUUGAAACAGAAGUAGUCGCAAUGACAGCUGCGCUACUUGGAAGUAAAGAAAAGGCUUCUGGAGGACAAGUAUGUGGAAACAUGACAUCAGGAGGAACUGAAAGUAUAUUAUUAGCUGUGAAAUCGUCACGUGACUAUAUGAAAGCUAAGAAAAGAAUAACAAGACCAGAAAUGAUAAUACCUGAAUCUGCACACUCUGCAUAUGACAAGGCUGCACAAUAUUUCAACAUCAAGCUAUGGCGUGUGCCAGUAAACAAAGAAUUUCAAGCAGAUGUCAGAGCGAUUAAACGGUUUAUCAACAGAAAUACCAUAUUGAUUGUUGGGUCAGCACCUGGCUUCCCACAUGGCAUCAUCGAUCCUAUUGAGGAGCUUGGUGAAUUAGCUUUUGGCUUCGGAAUCUGUUUCCAUGUUGACCUUUGUCUUGGUGGCUUCGUAUUGCCUUUCGCUCGCAAACUUGGGUAUCCUAUUCCACCUUUUGAUUUUUCAGUCGAAGGAGUAACCUCGAUAUCAGUGGAUGUGCACAAAUAUGGGUUGGCUCCCAAAGGAACAAGUGUAGUUCUAUACAGAAAUCAUGACAUUCGAAAGCAUCAAUUUGUUGCCGUUACUGAGUGGUCUGGUGGGCUUUAUGUAUCUCCAACAAUUGCUGGAAGCAGGCCUGGGGGUCUAAUUGCUGGGGCUUGGGCAGCAAUGAUGUCUUUAGGAUUAGAAGGUUACUUGGAGAAGACGAGAGAGAUUAUGGAAGCGUCUAAGAGAUUGCAAAAAGGAAUAAAGGAGAUUGCCGAGUUGUUUAUAAUUGGAAGGCCAGACAUGACUAUUGUGGCUUUUGGAUCUAAUGUUAUAGACAUAUUCGAAGUUAAUGACAUUAUGUCAUCUAAAGGCUGGCAUUUGAAUGCAUUGCAGAGGCCUAAUAGCAUUCAUAUCUGCAUAACCCUUCAACACGUAUUAGUCGUGGAGGACUUCCUGGAGGAUCUGAGGAAUUCUGUGCAAACUGUGAAAGAAAACCCGGGUCCAAUUAAGGGAGGGCUUGCUCCAAUAUAUGGUGCUGCUGGAAAGAUGCCAGAUAGAGAUAUGGUUCAGGACUUGUUGAUUGAUUUCAUGGACAGUUCAUGCUAAUGGCAUACAUUGUUGUACUCUCAAUUAUGUUUAGUGUUUCAUUUUUUUCUUCUGUUGUUGCAUAAUUCUUCAUUACAGCGUGUAGAGAACGGAAUUUGCUGCACUUCACAUUCAUCAAUGUUCUUGCGAUUCCAGUCAUUUUUUUUUGGGGGCACCAUUGGAUAUGUUAUGUUGUGAUCGAACAAGUAUCAAAGAAAAUUUCAAUUUACAAUUAGCGCGUAAAA